ACCGGUCUCAGCGGCGCGCUUUCGAGCCCGGCGGGCCCAGCCCCGAGCCAUGGACGCUCAGAAAGAAGCUCUUCAAAGAAUUAUUUCAACUCUGGCAAAUAAAAAUGAUGAAAUUCAGAACUUUAUUGAUACAUUGAAUCAUACAUUAAAAGGAGUUCAGGAAAAUUCUUCUAACAUACUUUCAGAGUUAGAUGAAGAAUUCGAUAGCUUGUACUCCAUAUUGGAUGAGAUGAAAGAAAGUAUGAUUAGCAGCAUCAAGCAGGAACAAGCUCGGAAAUCCCAAGAGUUACAGAGUCAGCUUAGCCAAUGCAAUAAUGCCCUGGAGAAUUCUGAAGAGCUGCUGGAAUUCGCGACCCGGUCCCUAGAGAUAAAGGAACCGGAAGAAUUUUCAAAGGCUGCCAGACAGAUCAAGGAUAGAGUGACAAUGGCACCCGCCUUUCGCCUUUCUUUGAAACCAAAGGUCAGUGACAACAUGACUCACUUGAUGGUGGAUUUCUCUCAGGAAAGACAGAUGCUGCAGACUUUGAAGUUCCUGCCAGUUCCCAAAGCUCCAGAGAUAGACCCAGAGGAGUGUCUGGUGGCUGACAACGCUGUGACAGUAGCAUGGAGAAUGCCGGAGGAAGACAAUAAGAUUGACCAUUUUAUGCUGGAAUACCGGAAAACGAACUUUGAUGGCCUUCCACGUGUGAGGGAUGAGCGGUGCUGGGAACUGGUUGAUCAUAUCAAGGGUUCUGAGCACACACUGUCAGGUUUAAAAUUUGAUGCAAAGUAUAUGAAUUUCAGAGUGCGAGCAUGUAACAAGGCUGUGGCUGGAGAAUAUUCCGAUCCAGUGACUCUAGAGACCAAAGCACUUAACUUCAAUUUGGAUAACUCAUCCUCACAUGUGAACCUGAAAGUUGACGAUGCCUGUGUAGAAUGGGACCCCACCGGAGGCAAAGGUCAAGAACCUAAAAUUAAAGGGAAGGAAAACAAGGGCAGUGCCCAUGUUACUUCACUGAAGAAACACGCAAGAAGUGGUACGCCAUCCCCCAAACGGACAUCUGUAGGCUCCAGACCACCCGCAGUAAGAGGCAGCCGAGAUCGUUUUACUGGGGAAUCAUACACGGUGCUAGGAGACACUGCUAUUGAAAAUGGACAACACUAUUGGGAAGUCAAGGCCCAGAAGGAUUGUAAAUCUUACAGUGUGGGAGUAGCCUACAAAACUUUGGGGAAGUUUGACCAGUUGGGAAAGACAAACACUAGUUGGUGUAUCCAUGUCAACAACUGGCUACAAAACACAUUUGCAGCCAAGCACAAUAAUAAAGUCAAAGCCCUAGAUGCUACUGUGCCUGAGAAAAUAGGUGUAUUCUGUGAUUUUGAUGGAGGUCAACUUUCUUUCUAUGAUGCAAACUCUAAACAAUUGUUGUAUUCCUUUAAGACCAAAUUUACUCAGCCAGUGUUACCCGGUUUCAUGGUGUGGUGUGGUGGACUUUCUUUGAAUACUGGGCUGCAGGUUCCAAGUGCUGUGAGAACGCUGCAGAAAAGUGAAAAUGGAAUGACCGGGUCGGCUAGCAGCCUGAACAACGUCCCUCAGUAGUGACGGCGCAGGGUCGGUCUACCCAUCUUACGGUACAUCACGGAAACGGACCAGUGGGGCAAACCAGGCCUGCUCCCUUCUGCUGUAAGGCCUGGAAUCUGGUCAGAUCACGCCUCUAAUGCGAAGCAUUCAUAGAACCUUCCCAUGCAGUCCCAUAGCAGCAAGCAGACAUCAGGCAAGACACUGACAUUGUGAAGAAGAAAUGGAAGAGGAAAGGCAGUAUUUCAAUAUUUAUAUAGAAGCUCACUGUGGAGGGGGCGGUGUUUCUGGGAUUAUUUUGUGCCCCAGCUCUUCUGUAUGUUUAAUUACAGUGGCAACUAUAGGACCUGGAGUAGACAGCUUUGAAGUCUUCCUUUAUGUUCCUUGUGCUUUAUUUUUUCAUGUCAUAACCACAUUAUUUUGUCCUUUCACUGAAGCUUUAAAAAUAUGUAAUCCUCUAAAGUCUUUUUUUUAAUUGGGAACAUUAGUUGGUGAAGCUAGAAAAGUGUUUUUUUUUUCUUGUAAUAGUUUAUUUUUCCUUUUAUAAAUAUGUUGAAUUGGUUGGUUAAAUUAUCACUUUUGUUUAUUGACUACAUUGUAUAUCAUUUUCUCUUUUCCAAAAGAGUAUAUUUCUCUAUGGUUAUACCUCAAAAUAGGAGAUUGGGAGAGUUUCUAAAUCGAAUCAUGUCAGUCCCUCCCUGUUGAGUUUCUUCCACCUGACAGCAAUGCUACAGAGCAGGCUGGCACUGCCCUGCACGUUCGUCCCCAGGCUCUUGUCUUCAGGGAAGCCCAUGGCCCCAUCUUUGUCCUGGGGAGCAGCUGGUGGGUUCAAACCCCUGAGCUUUCACGUAACAACUGAGCACUUAAGCCUUGUGCCACCAGGAUCUCCGGCAUUUCCAUUCUGUACCCAUUACUCGAAUACACGGACAAAAGGAUAUUCUCUGUCUGUUUCUCUGCUUAAUUAGACUGCUUUCCAUUCAGUCACGUUAGGUGACGUGUACUAUUUUUCAAAGCCUUAUAGUUCCUGACCUUGUUAUCUAGUUUAACCCUACUUUAAAUAAUCAUCUUGAUAGAAUUUCCAGUUGAAUUUGGUAAGUGCUGGUAAUAAUUGUACCGAUUUUAAACAUUUUUUAGUAGGAGUAAAAUUUUAUUAAAGUUACAUUGAAGACCAAAAAAAAUCCAUCAUGUUUACCCUUUUAUCUAAGAAAAGUAGGUUAUUAAGGGAGGUACUUAAAAGUAUUCUUCAGUGAAGUAAUUUACAUCUGAUUUUAAUAAGAUGUAAAACGGCUUAUAUACUUGUUUAGGGGAAAAACAAACACAUUCCUGACUGAGUUGGCCCAAAUGUUGUCCAAGCAUAAGCCUUUGGAGCUUAUUUUCUUUCCCUUUUUUAAUUACAUUCAUUUGCUUUAUAAAGGGUUGUGAAUCUUUCAGUAAUCAAUACAAAAUAAUCUUUCUCAAACUAGGGGAAAAUGUGUUAAGCUGUUACUGAAAACUGAGCUUAGUGAGCAAGCAUAUCUUUUCUAACAACAUGGAUUAAAAUCUGUAGCACAAAUCCUAAAAGGCAAACAGAAAGUGGUUAAUUUCAGUAUUUAAUAAUUCCGUGAGCAUUUUUAAGAAGGCUGAAUUUUUAUUUUCCUUAAUCUUGAAACUCUUAAUUCCCUUUGCUUUCAUUUCUAUUUCAAAUGCCUUGUGCUAUAAUGACCUUCUUUCAAGAAGUGGCUGAUGCUGCUGACAUUUGACUUGCCUUCUACUGCAAGGCUUCUGGAUUAGUAAUAGCUCAUUCUGUCUUCAAGGUUACUGCUUACUGAUCAUAUGUUGUGUUCCAUUGGUAAAAGAAAUUUAAAUGGGAACUCUUCCAAAGGAAGUUUUAUCUGCACUAUUUUUUUAUAACUAGAGCCCUGGUGAUGUAGUGGGUUAUACGCUGGACUGCUCACUACAAGGCCAGCAGUUUGAAGCCACCAGCCGCUCCAAGAGAGAGAGAGACGAGGCUUUCUCCUCUUGGAAAAAUUUAGUCUCCGGAGCUCAUAGGGGCAGUUCUACUCUGUCUUGUAGUUUUGCUAUGAGUUGGAAUCAACUCAACGGCAGUUUACAGAAUAAAAGAUGUCAAUACAUAAUCUUUUAAUUCCCAAACAUAAUUUUGAUUUUUGUUCUUCACAGAGAAUUUUGAAAUUUCUGUAUGUUCUGUUCUCUGUAGUAGGAUUAUUGUACAAUCAAAAGAAGCAGGAACUUGCCAUCCUUUUUGUAGAAACCGUAGGUUAGUGGGUAAGCUGCUUUAUGUGAACCCCUACACAGUAUAUUUUAGCAACCACGACACAGAAAAAGCCAGAAACUCUUAUAUACGUUUUUUAUGAUUAUGUCUUAUAUUUUAGAAAUGUGUCUUUUGAUUAAUUCAGUGCCUUCUUCCCCUAAGCCUGCUCUUGUUCCAUACCCAGGCAGUGUCAACUGGUAUUGAAGCCAGAAAGCAUUGUUCCCCGCCAGGGCUCGACGCAGAGGGCUGGGGGCAGUAUUAAUCGGGCGGAGGGGUGCAAAUGACUCUGACUUGUGCUCAUGCCAGCCAUCAUUCGAGACCCUUCAUACGGCAUUUUCUCAUAGUCGUUUGGAAAGCGUAUUAAUCUCACUAGGGAAGUUUUCUUUCUUAACGUUUUUUUAGUAAUAAAUACAUUUAUUCAUCCAGCCUUCAAGUUCUUAACACAUGGGGUCCUUAUUAUUAAAUUAUACUUUUACUUCAAAUUGAGAAUCUGAGAUCUUUCUCAGACUGUGCUUCUCCCUAAAGAUCUCUAAAGAACAAGAUGCGUGGGGUUAGUUUCUGUUUGCUUGCUUGUUUUAAGUUUAUCUGUUAAGUUAAACUAGAGAAAGUUUUUCAUCCUCAUUUUUAAACUGGAAAGUAAUUGUAUUGCCUAUUUAAGACAUCUCUACAUAGGGUAGCUGUUAACUUGACCAUAACACAUAACAUCUCAUUGACAUUUGAAUUAAAUAUACAAGUAAUGGGCUCUUUUGUGGUAUUUAAUACAUUGUAAAAAAUAGAUGUACCCUUUAUUUUUUUAUUGCUUAAUUUGCUCUGUUUUGACAGGUCAAACAUGAUUGCUUUCUACAAAGGAAAUGCAUGAGCGAUUGACUCGUAGGGAUGUGUGACAAGUGUAAAAAUUAUCUUUGCUAAACCCAUGCAUUUAGUAUUGCAUUUUUCUUUUAAGAGUGAGUUCCAAACCAGUUUUGCUAAACUGGAUACAGAAAAGAAGGAGCUGCCUUAAGCACUUUAGUAAAAGAAGUUUUUAAAUUUCAUUUGAACUUUUUGGGCUGAUCCUAUCUUUAGCUUGGCAUAUGUGUGUACCAAGCAUUUCACAACUGAAUGCAUGUAGUGACUCAUUGUAAAUUGACUCUUUGUAUGUUCCCGGUGUUAGAUUAAACAGAGUGAAAGUAUUAGGGGCAUGCCUCUGUGAACAUAGGCUUCAUGGGCGGCAUGUAUGCCAUGUUGAUAAAACAGUUGGACGCGGCCUACUGCGUACUCUAUUCUUCAAACAAUAAUCCCCCCUAGGUUUUCAUCUAAAGAGGCGUAUUGCUUUGCUUUUGUUUACUUUUGUGUAAAACUAAAACAUGAAUGGUAUAGGUAAUUUCAUUGUAUUGUGAUUGACUCUUGGUGGUAUACAUAAAAUAUUUUGACACACAUAACAUGGGUAUUACCCCUCUUUUCUCUCCAGAGGUAUUUUCAUAUUUUCAUAAGCAUGCUAUCCUAAUAUUUUUUAAAACUUGUUAAAACAUUUGCAUAGCAUGCUUAUGAAAAUACCUAGGGGGAGGGUUCAGUUGGCAAAAAUAAAGCAAAACCGUAACAAAGCAUGUUUUUGUGUGAAAAUAUGGUAAUAAAAAUAAUAGAAUCUUUUAAUUAGGCUGAUACUCUAUUUCACGACUUUACUCCCAUGUUUGGUUUUACCUUACAUACUUUAGUUUGGAAAAGGCUAUAUGUGGAAAAUGUUUAUUUCAAAGAGUUAGGUAUUUCAAAGAGGAGAGAGUAGACGUAGUCGUAACAUGUGUGGUGCCAUACUAAAAAAAUGGGAGCCUGUGUUUCCAGGUGAUCAGUGAUUCUUAAGAAAAGAAAUGUAAGAGCAGUGUUCAUUCGUGGCUAAUUCAAACAAUUAUUUGAUUGUAAUGUGGCAGUCGAAACUUGAUGACUCUGUAUUCAGCUUUCCCCAACUAGUGAAGUCCGACUGAACGUGUGGGUAAUUUUGCUGCUGCUGAGUGUUGUGACGAAGUUUGGGUCUUAACAAUAAUGUUCUGUUAAUAAGUCACAAGUUUAGAAGAUUACCUUUGUUACGGCUUUUUUUAAAAUUUCUAAUGAACUGGAUAUAUACCGUGGUUCCCUUUUAUACAGUCAUCUAAAAUUAGGUGUGCAAAAACUUCUCCCCUGACUUUAUUUUUAUAUUGAAUGUGAUCUCUUAAGUACGUGUAUGUAAGCAUAGAUGUGUAAUAAUAGUUAUUUCAGUUAUUUGUAGCUCAGAUUGUCAGUUCAUAAUAUGAGCACUGGAUAUGAUAGAAGAUCAUGAAUGUUUUUGUAAUCGCCACAGAAAGAUUACCUCCAAUUCAGAAGAGCUUUAGAUUGGUGUCCAUUUUCAAAGUAUUCCCAUUAUAAAAUAUUUGUGAUCUUGAUAUGGCCCUUUUAAAGGUUUGUUACCGGAAAUAUUUGAUUAGCCUACAUGCUUAAGAACUUUGAGUACACUAGAGACUGAAUAGGUAACAUUUGAUGUGUAUUUUC